AAAUAUGUAGUGUUGGUUCAUGGAGACCUUGGUAGCUUGGAAAAGAUUGACACAAUCCUGCGGUCACGGCGCAUUGAGGAGAGUGUAGGGGAACGCAUGCACUACUUGCUUCCCUUGCCAGGUCUCUUUCAUGUCAAGAUGGCAUGCGUUGAUGCGAUCAACCGGGUUCACUCCUCGAGCCCCGAUAUGCGGCAGAAUCCCUAUGGCCUAUACAAGCAGCUUGUUUUGUUAUUCCCAAAUGACAUCGCAAAGUUGAACAAGAAGGUCCCACCUUUUCGUAUGAUGAACGACGGGAUUAGCUAUGUCCUCCAGACCGCAAUCCUUGAUGCAUGGUCGGAAAGUGUCGGUGAUCUGGAUAAAUAUAAGGAGUCAGGGCCAACCUGGGAUGAAAUCGAAUCUCAGGCAGCAUUGGUCCAGUCAAGUUGCUUUGAGACGAAAGGAAUACAUACCUUUCAACAAGAGAAAGAUCAGCAGCGAGAAAAUCAAGUUCUCUUCAAUCGCGAUGCCAUGUAUUACCAAAUUCUGGCACACGCUAUCAACCAUGGCAUGAUGGACAUUAUUCUCGAUGUACUGUCCUGCUGGGUGCCGAUCUUCUUUGCUUGUGGAAAGCACAAGUAUGCAUCGUAUAUUUCCGAAUUCACGUUCAGACUCAAGCAGUACCCUCGGCCGCUUCGAACAGCGAUUCUAAAGUGCUGGCUAUGUAAUCCAAUGGGCACGAGGGAUGGCUUUCGGCCAGUUGACUGGUUGGUGGAACUCAUGAACCUUUACACGAAGGUCGUGUAUUCAGGAUCUGGAUCUGGGAGAACAAUUCGAUAUAUUAUCAGCCAAUCAUCGAUUAUUAAGGCUUAUCGUGCAUGUUUGGAAGAGACAGAGAAUGACUAUCGCAUACCUGACAAAACACUUCGCCAUGCCCACCCAGACAUCCAGUCACGACUCAACACGAUAAGAAAGAGACUUCGGGAAUUUCGGCCACAUCAAUAUAAGAAGGGAAGAAAGGCAGCAUGUUUGGUGACAGAUCAUUACCAGAAGGGAUUA